AACAAACCAGGAAAAAGACAGCGCAGGUAUCUCCAUCUUAUUAGUAGUAAGUACGACACUUAACAAAAGCAGUAGUAGAUUAUAGAGCUGCGAGAUGAACAGUUUUUGACUAUCGGCGAUCUUACAUAUUGAUCAACAGGUGAUCUUUCCUCCCUGAAGGGCUUCGCCGGGGCACCCGCAAAGCGGCCGCAAACAUGGGGGAGCUCUUCAGGAGCGAGGAGAUGACGUUGGCGCAGCUCUUCCUCCAGUCGGAGGCAGCUUACUGCUGUGUCAGUGAGCUGGGCGAGAUUGGGAUGGUGCAGUUCCGUGAUUUAAAUCCUGACGUGAACGUGUUCCAGCGCAAGUUUGUCAAUGAGGUUCGGCGAUGUGAAGAAAUGGACCGCAAACUGAGGUUUGUCGAGAAAGAGAUCAAGAAGGCUGAUAUUCCGAUCGUUGACACCGGAGAGAACCCUGAAGUGCCCUUCCCGAGAGACAUGAUUGACUUGGAGGCCACGUUUGAGAAGCUCGAGAAUGAACUGAAAGAAAUCAACACCAACCAGGAAGCCCUGAAGAAGAACUUCCUGGAGCUGACCGAGCUCAAGCACAUUCUGCGUCGCAUGCAGCAGUUUUUUGACGAGAUGGAAGACCCCACUCUGCUGGAGGAGUCGUCCACCCUGCUGGACCCUAACGAGGUCAAUCGAGGGGCUCCUCUCAGACUCGGAUUUGUGGCUGGAGUCAUCGGAAGAGAGCGCAUCCCCACAUUUGAGAGGAUGCUGUGGAGAGUUUGCAGAGGGAAUGUGUUCCUGAGGCAGGCGGACAUCGAAGACCCUCUGGAGGACCCUACUUCGGGCGAUCAGGUCCACAAGUCGGUCUUCAUCAUCUUCUUCCAGGGAGACCAGCUGAAGAACAGAGUCAAGAAGAUUUGUGAGGGCUUUCGAGCAACAUUGUACCCAUGUCCAGAAACACCUCAGGAGAGGAAAGAAAUGCUCGCAGGGGUGAACGCUCGUAUCGAUGACCUGCAAAUGGUGCUGAACCAGACGGAGGACCACAGACAGCGGGUCCUGCAGGCGGCGGCCAAGGCGGUGCGCGUGUGGUUCAUCAAGGUGAGGAAGAUGAAGGCCAUCUACCACACCCUCAACCUGUGCAACAUCGACGUCACCCAGAAGUGUCUCAUCGCUGAGGUUUGGUGUCCCGUCUCUGACCUGGACUCCAUACAGUUCGCUCUGCGCAGGGGCACGGAGAAGAGCGGCUCCACUGUGCCUUCCAUCCUGAACAGGAUGCAGACCAAUCAGACCCCGCCCACUUACAACAAGACAAACAAGCUCACCUCCGGUUUUCAAAACAUUGUGGACGCCUACGGAAUUGGCAGCUACCGUGAGAUCAACCCAGCUCCAUACACCAUCAUCACCUUCCCGUUCCUGUUCGCCGUCAUGUUUGGCGACUUGGGCCACGGCGUGCUCAUGACCUGCGCCGCUCUGUACCUCGUCUUGCGAGAGAACCGGCUGAUUGCCCAGAAGAACGACAACGAGAUGUUCAGUAUGGUGUUUGCGGGGCGCUACAUCAUCCUGCUGAUGGGCAUCUUCUCCAUCUACACGGGCAUCAUCUACAACGACUGCUUCUCCAAGUCGCUCAACGUCUUCGGCUCUGGCUGGAGCGUGCGGCCCAUGUUUGACGCCCGCGUAGGAGGCAACUGGACGUUAGAAAUGCUUGAAGGCAACAAAAUUUUGCAGUUGGAUCCAGCGGUAGACGGCGUGUUCAAAGGACCGUACCCUAUUGGCAUCGAUCCGAUUUGGAAUAUCGCAACGAACAAGCUGACCUUCUUGAACUCCUUCAAGAUGAAGAUGUCGGUCAUCCUGGGCGUCAUCCACAUGCUUUUUGGAGUCACUCUCAGUCUCUUCAACCACCUUUAUUUCAAGAAGCCACUGAACAUCUAUUUGGGAUUCAUUCCCGAGAUCGUCUUCAUGUCCAGCCUGUUUGGCUACCUGGUGCUGCUCAUCUUCUACAAGUGGCUCUCAUAUGACGUGCGGCUGUCGCGUGACGCUCCGAGUCUGCUGAUUGCCUUCAUCAACAUGUUCCUCUUCAACUACAACGACCCUACCGUCAAACCUCUCUACACGGGACAGCAAGCCCUGCAGACCUUCCUAGUACUACUCGCCUUGGCGUCUGUUCCUUGCAUGUUGAUCGUGAAAACUCUGGUCCUGCGAAGACAAUAUUUGUGGCGUAAAAACCUGGGUACACAGAACUAUGGAGGCAUCCGCGUGGGCAACGGGCCCACUGAGGACGAGGCGGAAAUCAUCCAGCACGACCAGCUGUCUCCACAGUCUGAGGACGAGCCUGAGCGUUGCCUUCUGUCGUCUGCUUUCAAGGCCCGCGAGGCGGAAGAGUUUAACUUUGCAGAUGUGGCUGUGCACCAAGCGAUACACACCAUCGAAUACUGCCUGGGUUGCAUCUCCAACACGGCCUCCUACCUCAGGCUUUGGGCCCUCAGUCUGGCUCACGCACAGUUGUCCGAGGUGCUGUGGUCCAUGGUGAUGCACGUCGGCCUGUCCACACGCAGCGUGGCCGGCUUCUUCCUGCUCGCCAUCGUCUUUUAUUUCUUCGCCGUGCUCACGGUGGCCAUCCUGCUCAUCAUGGAGGGCUUGUCCGCCUUCCUGCACGCGCUGCGACUGCACUGGGUGGAGUUCCAGAACAAGUUUUACACAGGUCAGGGCUUCAAGUUCCUCCCGUUCACCUUUGAAAGCAUCCUGGAUGGGAAGUUUGAAGAUUAAGAUCGCCCCAUCUGUGUGUGCGUGUUUGUUUUCUGUGAGUGUGUUGUUGUUGUUUGUCAUAUUAUCCAAUUUCUUUCAUAAUUUAAACCCGUUCCCAGGUGUCUUAAUAAAAGAUCUCUGAUAUUCUGUGAAAAUACACAAAGGAUGAAGAAUUAUAGCACAGUUGACAUCCACUUGUCACACUGUCGGUCUUGUGCAAAUGCAGGGGUCGGCUUUCGUUACCAUGACGACUGGGGGCUGAAUUAAGGCGGUGUAACAAAGCGAUUCCUCCUCAAUGUUGCCAACUUAGCAGCUCUGUCACUAUAUUCAGUGACUUUUCUGAAUACUUUUCUAAAAAUGGACCAUAACAUCAACAAAUCCAGCGGCUUUUUGCGGUGUUAUUGGAGACUGAGGCUCUUUCCAGAGCAAGAAAUGUUCAUCCCUCUGUGUCCAGACUGCAAAUGAAUGGCACUCGCGCAAAGUCAUCACCGGCAACUUCUCAACCCCUCUACUAAACAGCUCGCUGAAUCAGCGUUCUUUCAGGUAGCAUCGUCUGUCAUGUCUGUGUGUCGUGUUUUACAUAGUUGAAUAAUAUUAUUUAUGAGAGUGUUGUGGUGAGUGGCUCGAGCAUGCAUGCUUGUCACCGGUGAAGACCCCAAAAAAAGGGAAAAGGUUCCUCAGGACCCAUGUCACAAAAUGAUGCAACAGUCCGAAGUAAAAAAAAUAAAAUAAAAAAAAAAAAGUGUCAUGGUUCAACACGCGCAACAGGAUCUUUGGUCGCUCUUCAUGCUGGUUGUGUGCUUAACGACAGAUUAUAUGUCCUCAAUAAAAGUGGGAAGAGCUUC